AUGAAUGCCAUGCGAUGCGCACUCGCGCUGGCCGCAGCUGCAGCAUUCGUAACAAACCCGCAGCGAGUGGUGCGACGACUCCAAGCGGGCGACGCGCUGGACGACGUGCGCUUCGCGGGCACGCGGCGGCUUUACGGCGACUCCGCCACCACCACACUGCGCGACGCCUCGGCGAUGGUCGUCGGCGUCGGUGGCGUCGGCUCGUGGGCGGCCGAGGCCAUCGCGCGGACGGGCGUCGGGCGGCUGAUUCUCGUCGACUUGGACGAGGUCUGCGUCUCGAACACGAAUCGGCAGCUCGUCGCGCUCAGCUCGACGGUCGGCAAGUCCAAGGUCGACGUGCUCCGUGAUAGACUAACGGACAUCAAUCCGAACGCCGUCUUCGAAUGCGUGCCGGAUUUUGUGGGCGAAGAGAACGCGGACGCGAUCCUCGACGCGGCAAAGGUCGACGUCGUCGUCGACUGCAUCGAUAAUGCAAACGACAAGGUCGCGCUGCUGCGCGCCUGCGACGCGCGGGCGCAGGCCAUAGUCGUCUGCGGCGCCGCGGGCGGGCGCCGCGACCCCACGGCCGUGCGCGUGCGGCCAGGCGACGUCCGCGGCGCGCGCACGGGCGACGCCCUCUUGCGAGCGACGCGGAAGCAGUGGCGCCGCGCGCGCCGGGCCGCGGGGCUGGACGGCGAGAACCGCGAGGCCCGCGUCGUCUCCGUCUACUCGGACGAGCGGCCGCCGGCCAAGGCCGAGGUCCGGACGGGCGCCUGCGACAUGGGCCUCGGGUCGUCGGUCUUUGCGACGGCGGCGUUCGGCCUCGCGGCGGGCGCCGCGGCCGUCGACGUCCUGAUUGCUGACGGCGCCGUCGCUGCCGUGGAACACGACGUCUUGAUUGCCGAAAGCGCUGCGCGCGACGACACCGCGGGUGCCGCGAGGCCGAUCGCCGCCGUCUUGGCGGGCGUCGACGACGGAGAAGACGAUGCGUGGGAGGAGGCCGACUGCCCGUGCUCGGACUUUGGCUUGGCUGCGCGAUCGCGGCCACCACAGAAAACACGAUGGCGGGGCGGCAGCGGCGGGCCGCCGCGCGUGUCGAGGCGCCGGUCGACGGCGCUGGGCGCCGUGGACACGCACUGCCACGCGCAGUUCGCCCCCGAGCCGCCGGCGUCGGCCGCAGAACUCGUCGUCUGCUCCACCGGGCCGGGCGACUGGGACGCGGUCUCCGCGCUCGCGCCGACGGCCAAGGCGGUGGCCUACGGCGUGCACCCCUGGUGGGCCUGCGACGCGUCCGAGGGGUGGCUCGACGCGCUAGAAAGGCGCCUCGUGGAAUCACCGACGGCGCUCGUGGGCGAGUGCGGCCUCGACAAGUUCGCGGGGGGACGAAGCCCACCCGGGAGCGGGGAGCCGCCGGACCUGGAGCUCCAGGACUCGAUAUUCCGAGCGCAGCUCGCGCUGGCGCGGGAAUUGGGCAGAGGCGUCACGGUGCACUGCGUCAAGCGCGUCGACGCCGUCGCCGCGGCGAUACGAGCCGAGCGGCCGCCGCGGGUCGCGUUCCACGGCUUUAACGGCUCUCCAGAGUCGGCGUCGGUAUUGAUACGCGCCGUCGAGGCGGGCGGCGGCACGGCGUUCUUUGGGAUCAACACUGCGCACGCGUCCAAAAAGACGCCGCAGCUCGUCGCUGCCUUACCCGAGACGUCGCUCCUCGCGGAGUCCGACGCUUCGGGUGAGUUCGAGGCGCGCGUCGCGGACGCGACAAAGCUGAUCGCCGACGCACGCAACUGGUCGCUUGAUGUGGCGGAGGAACGGCUGGCGGGGAACGCGCGGGCAUUUCUACUGUGAUAAUGAUCGCGGACGCGCGCGACUGGUCGUUGACUGAAGCGGAGGAGCGGCUGGCGGGGAACGCGCGGGCAAUUCUACUGUGAUAAUCUGUGAAUAAAGCGGGC